GAGACCAUGUUCCACCUUGAGGGUCUGGAGCCCAAGCUGGACCCGGAGGAGCUGAAGCGCAAAAUGCGUGAGAACAUUCUCUCUUCGGUCCGCAAUUUCCUCAUCUACGUAGCCGUGCUGCGCAUCACUCCAUUUGUUUUAAAGAAGCUGGACAGCAUAUGAUAGUAAGAGCUUCAAGGAUUGCCUACAUGGAAGGCCAAGCUGGACUGAAUGCUUUUCUAAGAACAGACUAUAGAAAAGUGACUCCAUAUCCUAA